AUGAGGUCCGCAGACCUUUACGAUGGCUGCGAACGCUCCGUGUCUGCUGGCAUUCAGACGAAGGCACUCGGCCUCAAGGCCGCUGCUCCCAAGAAGAGCGUUGGUGCAUUCGGCAGUGAGAUGCACAGCGCCUCCCUGAGCAGCACCUUCUCAGGCAAGCAGAUUGCCGCUAAGGCCUCCAGCAGGUCCCAAGCCGCAGCCAAGAGGACCGUCCUUGUUGUGUGCAAGGCCGGUUUCUGGCGCAUGACUGGUGUGUUCGGUGGCUCUGCUGCUCCUCCCAAGGGCGGCAACCCCGACUCCAACACACUUCUUAGCGACAUGACCACCGUCAUCUGCCUUGAUGACUACCACUCCCUUGACCGUAAUGGCCGUAAGGUCGCCAAUGUUACCGCCCUUGACCCCAAGGCCAACAACUUUGACCUGAUGUACGAGCAGGUCAAGGCCCUCAAGGAGGGGAAGUCCGUAAUGAAGCCCAUCUACAACCACGUGUCUGGUCUCCUGGACCCCCCGGAACUGAUCGAGUCCCCCAAGAUUCUGGUCAUUGAGGGUCUCCACCCCAUGUAUGAUGAGCGCGUGCGUGACCUGAUUGACUUCAGCAUCUACCUUGACAUCAGCGAUGAGGUCAAGUUUGCCUGGAAGAUUCAGAGGGAUAUGGCUGAGCGUGGCCACAGCCUGGAGAGCAUCAAGGCAUCCAUCGAAGCGAGAAAGCCCGACUUCGAUGCUUACAUUGAUCCCCAGAAGCAGCACGCGGAUGUUGUUAUCCAGGUGCUCCCCACCCAGCUCAUUCCUGACGACAACGAGGGCAAGAUCCUGCGCGUGCGCAUGAUCCAGAAGGAGGGCCUCGAGAACUUCGACCCCGUGUACCUGUUCGACGAGGGCUCCAGCAUUUCAUGGAUUCCUUGCGGAAGGAAGUUGACAUGCUCGUACCCUGGCAUCAAGUUCUACUACGGCCCUGACACCUACUACGGCCAUGAGGUGUCUGUGCUGGAGAUGGACGGCCAGUUCGACAAGCUUGACGAGCUGAUCUACGUGGAGAGCCACUUGAGCAACACAUCCACGAAGUUCUACGGUGAGGUGACCCAGCAAAUGCUGAAGAACGCCACCUUCCCCGGCAGCACCAAUGGCACUGGCCUCUUCCAGACAAUGGUUGGCCUGAAGCUCCGUGAAGCAUAUGAGCGUAUCAUCUCUAAAUCUGCAGUUGCUGUGUAA